AUGGCGGACUGUGCUGGAGCGUUGAAAGAGUUGACGAUUAAAACGGGCGUUGUGAAGCGCCUGAUCAAAGAGCUCAAUUCCUACCAGAAGGAAGCCGAGAAAGAAUCGAUGAAACUGGAAGCAAUGAAAGCGCAGGGAGACACCACCGACCGUUAUGCCAUCAAAAAACAAGCCGAAAUUGUUGAGGUUGUUUUGUUUUUUCUGUACAUUUAUAAAAAAAAUACUUAUAAAUUUAAUGGAUUUAACAUCGCUAAUCCGAUUACUGCAAGUUUACAUCCACUCUUUCUUCUGUUGAAAAUCGUAUUUAUUUCUGAUGUGAUUGGUUGA